GGGGCCACUUUGUCCUCGUCUUUUUGGAUAGAAAACAGAAGAACAGCCUAAAUUCUUUCACGCAGAGCCUCUCUGCUGCUAUACUUUUUUUUUUUUUGGGGGGGGGGGGGACUUCCACUAUUUCUCUCCACUUCUUGCCUUCAGUCGGACAAGAUUUCCCCUUCCAGAUAACAGUACGAGCAAGUUUUCAGCACCUCGGGUCGAGUGCACAGCGCAGCAGCGGCAGCAGCAUGGAGCCGUACACGGUCUCAGGAGCGCAGCUCUCCCUGUCCGACCUCUACUCCGUCAUCCCAUACAAUGUCACCUUCCCGGACGGGGAGAUGGGUGACAGGCUGCAGAACUACACCGAGCAGCAGGGUCCGGUGAGGAGCACCGGGGGUAUGAUCAUAGCUAUAUGCAUCACGGCUCUCUACUCCGUCAUUUGCGUGGUGGGACUUCUGGGCAACGUCCUCGUCAUGUACGGGGUGGUCAGAUACACCAAGAUGAAGACGGCCACAAACAUCUACAUCUUCAACUUGGCUCUUGCCGACGCCCUCGCCACCAGCACGCUGCCCUUCCAGAGUGCCAAAUACCUCAUGAACACCUGGCCGUUUGGGGAAGUCCUGUGCAAGCUCAUUAUUGCCAUUGACUACUACAACAUGUUCACGAGCAUCUUCACCCUGACCAUGAUGAGCGUGGACCGCUACAUCGCUGUGUGCCAUCCAGUCAGAGCGCUGGAGUUUCGGACGCCGGUCAAGGCGAAAAUGAUCAACGUGCUCAUCUGGGUCCUGUCCUCUGCGAUUGGGGUGCCCAUUAUGGUCAUGGCUGUGACCAAAGUGAAGGAUAAUGGUAAAACCAUGUGCAUGCUGAAGUUCCCUGACCCUGACUGGUACUGGGACACUGUGACAAAGAUCUGUGUCUUCAUCUUUGCUUUCGUGGUUCCUGUGAUGGUUAUCACCAUAUGUUACGGCCUGAUGAUCCUGCGCCUGAAGAGCGUUCGUCUGCUCUCAGGCUCCAAGGAGAAAGACCGCAACAUGCGCCGCAUCACCCGCAUGGUCCUGGUAAUAGUGGCAGCCUUCAUUAUCUGCUGGACCCCCAUUCACAUCUUUAUCAUCGUGAAGACCAUGGUGGAGAUCGACACAAGGAACCCCUUCGUGAUAGCCAGCUGGCACCUGUGCAUCGCCCUGGGCUACACCAACAGCAGCCUUAACCCUGUCCUCUACGCAUUUUUAGAUGAAAAUUUUAAGCGGUGCUUCAGGGAUUUUUGCCUUCCCUGUCAAACCCACGUGGAGCAGCACAGUCUGACAAGAGGCCGUAACAACACAAGCGAGCCAGUGUCCGUCUGUGCUCCAACAGAAGCGGAAAAGAAGCCGGCAUGACUAGGCAUGGAAAGGGUCCCACACAGCUCUCGCUCGAGGAGGAUCCAGCAAGAACUGCAAUCAGAGAUCACCCAGAUCUCCACAACAGAGUUUUAAAGAUCAUAAAGAGAAAAAGCUACUCUCAAAGAACAGAGUAGUGCUGAUUAUUCUCUCCAAUUUGGCUGACUGAACAUUCAAAAGGAAUAGCUAAAGAGAACGGAAAAUAAGUUUCACUCUCUUACUUUUCUGUUGAAGUUCUGAUAACAAAAUGGAAUCAAAUGUGACGCCUUACAAAGGCUGAGACACUAGAUUGGGGUGAUAGCCCAAAGAAUAUAUUCAAAUGUAAGCAAGAUUACGAAGCAGAGCAUCCCCAGCUCACAAUUAGUCUGCCCAAAUGGAACAGAAGACAAGUGUACAGACCUUUUUGAUGAUACAAAAUCAUCUGCAGAUUUCUAUCUUGUCAAGCAAAAAAGGUAUUGUUCAAACAUCAUUAACCAGAGAGCAUUGUGAUAAAACAGACUGACUCACAGGGUACAGGAUUGUAACAAAAGAUGGGAUUCUGAAACAAUGUGAUUUUCAUUUCAAUCGUUUCAUUUCUUCUAAGGAACACUUGCCUUUGCAUUCAAAGAAACAAAAGAGAUUGUGGUGAUAAAGGAGAAUUUUGACUUUUUCAUCUGUAUCUUUACCAUCAACACAAAAAAGUAGCCUUACAGAGCACGACUGAUACCCACCGACAGCUGGAUGAAUUAUAGUAAAGUUUGUUGCACAACAAGGUCAACCACUCUCUACAUUGAGAAAUAGGGGAAACUUCAACAACAAAAAAGGGACACUUGUUGUUUGUUUGUUUUUUACCUUUAGACUCCGCCACCAUCAACUGUGUUUAAAGAAAAAACCUGGACUCAAUGUUCCAUGGUUCUGAAAAGGUCUGUCACACAGGACAUGGAAUCCCAAUCAAGCCCAGUUCGUAAGGUUUUGUGCUCAGAUGGAAAAAUCCAGAAUGGCAUUGGACCAUAUGCAUGGAUUUCUAUGGACGUCUCUUUUCUGCACGCCUACUUGACUUUCGUGAGUGGUGUCAAGCCUGCAGACAGCCUCUGAGCAGAAUGAGCAGAAUGGCAAACAUGCUACUGAAUAAUAAUGUUGGCACUUCACUUACUUCGUUGGUUUAUUGUUUGAAAGAAAUGUGUUGUCAAUUAACACACCAAAACUCGGUCUGGGAGCAUCUUCAUCACAGAGAUGCCGGUCCUUGAAGUCAACAAACAAACAGCUUCAAGGCGAUUACUGAUCUGCAUUUAAAUGAUCUUAAAGCCUGUCAACUGGAAUAUAUGUGGCCCAUUUUAGGACAUAUUGACUGGUAAUUUACUCCGGGUAAUUUAUUUACUCCAAGAGAUGAUGACAUCAAUCAAAUUGGAGACAUUCAACGAAGGAUGCCGUUCAAUUAAUGAUCAUUUCAACUCUGCAUACCAGAUGAUGUAUGUCAGAGGUGAUUAUGCAGAACUUAACUAAAUUUGCUCUCAUGUGGAAGUAUUUUGAAGGCAAAAUAUGAAGGCAAACAUGUCAAAAUGCGGCAUAGUUUUGAAUAAAGUUGAAAUGCUAAUUUAAAGUGGUGAAUGUGGAAUAAAUAAAACCUAUCCAAACUCAAUGUAAAUCAAAGAAGAUGAGAGUAAAGUCCCCUUUAGCUAUUUGUGAUGGUCUCUAUUUAGAAUUGACUUGACCAAUGAAAAGAAACAUGUCAAUAAAUGUGAAUUUGUAGAUAACAUAAAGCUUUUGCAUUUGAACAAAUUUGGCUUCAGCCACAGUUAAAAUGACUCUGAGGAGUACCUGUAGUUCUGUAUGCUUUCUGUACACUUUUUUAGAUCAUACUAUUUCCACACAAUGCUUUUGACUCAUGAGGCUUCAAUAAAAUAAAAAA